GUGGACUCCUGCCUCUCACACUCAACUUAAUCCCUCCCCGGUUUUCCGAGUUCCAAGUUCUCAGUUCACAUUCCUCAUUUUUCACUCGCUCUUUCUUUCCUUUGCAUAGAGCUUCGCUUCUGCAUUGCUGCAACACCACGCGCCGCGCGCUAGAUCUGCACCCAACCGUUCAAGCUAUGCACCAGUAGCCACUAACAUGUCCAAUUCCAAUCCCAACAACCGCCAGCCUCCGUCGCUGCCUUCUUCGUGGGCCAAGAAAACGGGCUUUAAGCCCAAGUUCUCCGGCGAGACUAAUGCCACCAAUUCGGGCCAAAUAACCACCCCGCCGCCCAAGCCCAGAGUACCCGAGCCCAACCUGGAUCUCGAAGCCGCUCGAGCUCCAACUCCCGCAACUGCCAAUGGCGUUGCAGUGGGUGACAACGUUCCCGUUCCGCCUCCGCCGCCGUCUGCGAUGGCGAAGAAGCGGAGAGACUCCGACGGCGUUCCGAAGAGUUCCGUUCCAAGUUCCAAUGACCAGGCGCUGCCGCGAAGAAAUGCGAGGCACGAUGAAGUGGUGGACGACGACCGGUUUGUGUCUCGGCACUCGCAUAUUAAAUAUGAACUGAGAGAUUCACCUGGUUUAGUUCCGAUUGGCGUGUAUGGUAUUCAGCACUACGUUUCGGUAAUAGGUUCAUUGGUUCUCGUUCCACUUGUCAUUGUUCCUGCCAUGGGAGGGACUCAUGAGGAAACUUCUAUGGUGGUAUCGACAGUGCUGUUCGUUUCGGGGUUGACUACACUCUUGCAUAUUGCUUUUGGGUCCAGGCUGCCCUUGAUUCAGGGCCCUUCCUUUGUCUAUCUGGCGCCAGCUCUCGCGAUAAUCAACUCCCCGGAGUUUCAAGGAGUAAAUGGAAAUAAAUUCAAGCAUAUAAUGAAGGAGCUCCAGGGGGCUACAAUCAUUGGAUCAGCUUUUCAAGCUUUAGUUGGAUAUACUGGACUUAUGUCGUUGUUAGUAAGGUUGAUCAAUCCUGUGGUUGUUUCCCCAACUAUUGCUGCAGUUGGGCUUUCAUUCUUCAGUUAUGGUUUCCCAUUAGUUGGUACAUGUAUUGAGAUUGGUGCAGUACAAAUAUUAGUGGUUAUUCUUUUUUCUCUUUAUCUUCGUAAGAUAUCUGUUCUUGGACAUCGAAUAUUUCUAAUAUACACAGUUCCUUUGGGUCUGGCAAUUACAUGGGCAUUCGCUUUCUUGCUGACUGAAGUAGGAGUUUACAACUACAAAGGGUGUGAUAUAAAUAUACCUGCCUCAAAUAUGGUUUCAGAGCACUGCAGAAAACAUUUUUCUAGAAUGAGGCAUUGUCGUGUUGAUACUUCUCAAGCAUUGAAAUCGUCUUCAUGGUUUAGAUUUCCUUACCCACUACAAUGGGGUACUCCUGUCUUCCAUUGGAAAACGGCUAUAAUCAUGUGUGUGGUUUCCUUAAUCUCAUCUGUGGAUUCGGUUGGCUCAUAUCAUGCAUCUUCAUUAUUGGUAGCAUCUAGACCACCAACUCCUGGAGUUCUUAGUCGAGGAAUUGGUUUGGAAGGUCUUUCUAGUGUCUUGGCUGGUCUCUGGGGAACCGGAACUGGAUCUUCAACUCUAACUGAAAAUGUUCAUACAAUUGCUGUAACUAAAAUGGGAAGCCGCAGGGCAGUUCAACUGGGUGCCUGCUUUCUGAUAGUGUUGUCUCUUGUGGGUAAGGUUGGAGGAUUCGUUGCUUCAAUUCCUGAAGUCAUCGUUGCUGGUCUCCUCUGCUUUAUGUGGGCAAUGCUCACAGCAUUGGGUUUGUCGAAUCUACGCUAUAGCGAGGCAGGAAGUUCUCGCAAUAUCAUCAUUGUUGGGUUAUCCUUGUUUUUCUCUCUUUCCAUACCCGCAUACUUUCAACAAUAUGGCAUCUCUCCAAAGUCUAACUUGUCUGUACCAAGUUAUUUUCAGCCCUAUGUUGUGGCUUCUCACGGGCCUUUCCACAGCAAAUAUGGAGGGUUGAACUAUGUCUUGAACACGCUUUUUUCACUGCACAUGGUGAUCGCGUUUCUUGUCGCGGUUAUCCUGGAUAAUACUGUACCCGGCAGUAAGCAGGAACGCGGGGUAUAUGUUUGGUCUGAGCCUGAGGUUGCUCGAAGGGAGCCUGCUAUUACCAAUGACUAUGAGUUGCCCUUGAGAGUUGGUCGGAUUUUCAGAUGGGUGAAGUGGGUUGGCCUGUGAAAGACAUGGGUUUCAUUGUUUGACAUAUUCACUUUAUUGAAUGGCUCUCAACUGCUAAAGGAUUUCACAAGUUGUGUUGGCCUCAAUGAUGGUAAGUAAUAGGUCAUGUUACAGAGUUAAUUUGUACACAUGGGGGAUCCUCGGGGCUCUAUUUGUGUUGUAAUUUAUUAUUAGAUUAAUCUUGUAACUAGUUUUGAUUGAUUCAAAAUUCUCAGGUGUAUUUUUUUUCUCUUGGCUAAAGGCGAGGCUUGACAAAUCAUUUUGAUUGUAUAUAUACAUUUUCUUUUGGGCAGUUUUAUCCAGCCUCAUUGUAAUUGCUAGAUGUAGCAAGUUAAAUAUAUUAUAUGUUCUCGUUGUGGUAAAAUCUGGCAUAUUUGUUCGUGUAUUCAUGGAACAUAAAAUGCAUAUGUUGUUAUUUGUUAACUUUUAGCUAGAAUCUUGAAUGUUCACUGCGUGAACAAUCUGUUAGAAU